UGAGAGAUAUCUGUAGAGUGGGUGUAACAACACACAAUACCAUCCUUCAAGACAAAACAGACAUGAACGUUCUUCUCAUUUUCUUGUGCAACAGAAGCAGCCUGGGUCGGUAAAAUCUUGCAUUCCGUAAGACGUAUACUGCAGGCUUUCUUUCAUAGCACCUUGGUGAUACAUUUCUGAAAUCAUCUCAACUUGGCUUUCGCUCGGGGGCGGGCAAGUAAUUAGUGUUGUGAGCCAGGAGCUAUGUGACAGCCAGACUCAAUCAGAAGUUAAGUAAUGCUGCCUCGUGCUAGAUGCUUUCAAAACUCUUGUACACCAUAUCCUGGCACCCUCUUCUGUGAUCUUUUUUUUUAUUAGUCGCGCACGACUAAUAAGCUAAAUCCAACAAGGAUUUUGCGCCACAGAAAGGAACAAAAAAGGCUGGAACUCCGAUCCUCUGAAGUCAGCUGUUUUUAUUUUUAAGCCACCUUCGUUGGAAUGUGUCUGUCAGAUUUCGCCUAAGGUGUAGGUGGUUCCAGAUCUCUGUCGCAUCAGAAUAAUAACUGAAAGAUAAAAGAAUCUGAAAUGGAGAACUCAACAUAUUCCAAUGCCUCCUCUGGCAAUGUGUCAGAUGCCAACCUUCCAGAGAGCCCCUACAAGACAGUUGAGAUAGUUUUCAUUGUCCUGGUAGCCGGGUCACUGAGUCUGGUCACUGUCAUUGGCAACAUCUUGGUUAUGGUUUCCAUCAAGGUCAACAGGAAUCUACAGACUAUCAACAACUAUUUCAUCUUUAGUUUGGCAUGUGCAGACCUUAUCAUUGGGAUCUGCUCCAUGAACCUGUACACAGUCUACACCGUGAUUGGCUACUGGCCACUGGGGCCUGUGGUCUGCGAUCUGUGGCUGGCCCUGGACUAUGUGGUCAGCAAUGCAUCAGUGAUGAACCUGCUCAUCAUCAGUUUUGAUCGCUACUUCUGCGUCACCAAGCCACUCAGCUACCCCGUGAAGAGGACCAACAAAAUGGCAGGCAUGAUGAUUGCUGCUGCCUGGGUCCUGUCCUUCAUCCUCUGGGCCCCAGCCAUCCUCUUCUGGCAAUUCAUCGUCGGGGGACGGACCGUGCCUGAGAGAGAGUGCUACAUCCAGUUUUUCUCCAAUGCAGCGGUCACCUUUGGGACGGCCAUUGCUGCUUUCUACCUACCUGUCAUGAUCAUGAUGGUUCUCUACUGGCAGAUCUCUAGGGCCAGCAAGAGCCGCAUCAAGAAGAAUCACCGGAAACCCUUGGCCAACCGUGAGACCGUCUCCCCCAGCCUGGUGCAAGGUCAAAUCCCCAAACCCUGCAAUAACAACGUGAGUGCAGAGGAAGCAGGCACGGCCUUAAACCAGGACCAGAGCCAGCAUCUCCUAAACCAGGACCAGGGUAAGCUGCAGAAUGGCAAGGCUCCAUCCUCUGCUGGGGAAGGAGAAGGUGAGGAAGGAGUGAUGCAGAACUGUGGCCAAGCAGAAGAGAAGGAGAGCUCCAAUGACUCCACUUCUGUCAGCGCUAUGGCUUCCAACCUCAAGGAAGAGGAGAUGGUGGGUGCCAGCAAAGAGCCACCAGCCAUCCCCAGCCAGCCUCCUCCUCAUCAUCAGGCAAAGGCCGAAGGCUCCAAACUCACUUGCAUCAAAAUCGUCACAAAGUCCCCCAAGGAUGCCACCUCCAACACUACAACAGAAAUUGUCCCUGGCUCUGAGAAUCAGAACAUAGUAGCUCGCAAGAUCAUCAAGAUGACUAAGCAGCCUCCCAAGAGAAAGAAGGCACCCCCAUCUCGAGAAAAAAAGGUCACUAGGACCAUCCUGGCUAUCCUCCUGGCUUUUAUUGUGACCUGGACCCCCUACAACGUCAUGGUGCUCAUCAAUACCUUCUGCUCCAGCUGUAUACCCAACACUGUCUGGACUAUUGGCUACUGGCUGUGCUAUAUCAAUAGCACCAUAAACCCAGCCUGCUAUGCACUUUGCAAUGCCACCUUUAAAAAGACUUUUAAGCACCUGCUCCUCUGCCAGUACAAGAAUAUUGGGGCUGCCAGAUAGGAAGUGAAUAUGUUCUGAGGAGUGUUAAUUUAAUAUUCUUUUUUUUGUUUGUCAAAAGAACCCUGUCAUAGCACUUUAUAGAAACACAAGGGCAUCCAAGCCAGAAGAGCUAAGUGGAUAGAGCCUUUUUUAUGUAUUGAAGAGAACUGGUGGACUUUGGUAUUUGGGUUUGCCAUUGGACACGAACACACACACACACACACACACACACACACACGUAGACAAAGAGACGUAAACACAAACAAACAGGCACAAACAGACUCAUUCACACAUUGCAGAGGUCAAACCCUAAGAAACAAAAUGACAGUUUCAAUAUCUUCAUAUUGUUGAAACAGUUGUGUAGUGUAAUACUCUUAUUCUUUUACCUCAAGAUUUAUGUUUAAAGGUACAUCUAAAUUAAACUAUUAUGUCAUUAAAAUUUAGGGCAGACCUUUAAAGAAACUUGACAAUUUGUCUAAAUAGCUAUUUCUUAAAAAUAACCAUAACCACAGAUGGAAAAAGUAAGGACCAGAAUUUUGAACAUGUGUGUGCAUGUGUUGUAUGCAUUGGGAAACAAAAACAGAUAUAUACAUAGCAGAUAUUUGUGAAAAUGUCUACACACAAGCACACAAACACACACAGACACAUUGAAAACACAUGAGUGGUUGGUCACACUCUCACAGAGCACAUACUAUAACUAGUGUGAGCCUUUCAAAAGAGAGUGAAUAACUUCAAUGUUACUUCUACUCGACGAAAAAAUGUAAUCUAAAAGGGACAAUAGGGCUGAUAAGUACUUUGGACUAUAUACAGUAUUUCUAACUCAGUACGAAUAUAAAAAUGUAUACAUAUAUAAAUACCGUAAGAAAAGUGUGAAACAAUGCGAGGAUUGCUUCUAAAAGCUUGGUACAGAAAGUAUGUCUGAAAAGUGAAAAUAGCAAGUGUAUGUGAGUAUGUUUCUCAAUUUUGUUUUUACUUCAAUUUGUAAAAAUUAAGGAUUUUAUUGGUGUCGCUAACAAUUCCACUGCUUCUCUGGUUGUGGUUUCUGUGUUGCACUUAAAGUAUUGGUUAGGGGCCCAACAUAGCGAAGCUCUCCAUGAUGGUCCACACCUAUUAUACUCCCCAGAUUCUUUCUUUCCAGUCAUAACUUUACUGAAACUAGAAGAUGGUGUUGGAGGACCAUCACAGAGGACAGUAUUCAAAGUUUGAAAAGCUUCUUAAAAAUUAAAUGCUGAACUAAACAAUGACAAUGGAGGCACCAUUCCCUGCAGCAUCUCAUUUUUCUUGGAAGUCCCUGUACUGAAUGGGUCUUUCUUAGCUUCUGAGAUCUGACCUGGCUAUAGUCGUACCACCCCUAAUGACACUACAUUGAAGCAGGGCUGUUAAUCUGAGUGUCAUUUGUCUCCUAGUCCAAAUAAAGCACAUUCACACCCACCCACUCAUUAAGAAAGUGGUCAAUUGUUCACAUAAGUGCCUGAAAUAUAGACAAGGGGGAGUUAAACUGUUUCUGUUCACAUACUGAAACAGCUUACUAGCUUCUGAAUGCAAAUUCAGGUACGUUUUUGAAGUUUUCUUGAGUUGCCGUUCAUCAUAUCUAUCUAUCUAUCUAUCUAUCUAUCUAUCUAUCUAUCUAUCUA